CUAAUGCGUAACCUUUGACUUCUCUCGCUCUCUUUAUCUGUCAGUGCAUAUUUCUCUCCCUCUCUCUUGCAGUAUUAAUCAGCCUACUUUUGAUUUGACACCAGAAACACACAUUGUAGUUUUACGAUACAGGAUUAAAUGACCUAUGAUAUUUGACCUGACACAAACAACUGUUUUCUUUCCAAUCGAUUUGAGAUUUUGCUAAAUUAUCAGUGAUCUGAGUCCCGGAGUGCGAUAUGACUAAUUGAUAGUCAGGCGCACGCGUGCGCUCAGCGCAGGUGAGUUUGAGUGCUAGGAAGGGUAGCGGUAUCGGUGUCAGCUCGUCAGCAGUUUGAAAAGUCGAAGAGAAAACUCCGUUUGUUUGAUUGUGGACAGCAUUUGUCUCGACUCCAGAAGAUGCUGAUGGAUAGCGCCGUACUCGUGCCCCCCGCGCCUCCUCCUCCUCCCCGCGACCCUUCCCACUGUACCCCACACACGCUGGACGAAUCGCCCGACCCUGCGCCGCCCCCCCCUCCUCCCCCGCCCCCGCUUCUGCCCCCCCCGCCCCCUCCCCCCCCGCCGGCGCCCGACUCCUCCUCCUUCUCCCGGAGCGUGCAGCGGCGCUCCAAGAUGAGGAGCAUCAACUGGGAUGCCAUCCCGUGCCAGAGCGCGCUGGGGAAGAGGAACGUGUUCACGUGCCGGGGGAAGCAGCAGGACUUUGUGCUGGACACCCGCUGCAUCGAGGAGCUGUUCAGCCACGCGGACAGCCGCACCUCCCAGCACAAGAACGGCUUCCUGCAGAAGAGCGUCCGGGGCCGGGCCCCCUCUCUGCAGGCCCCUCAGGCGGUCGCAAUCCUCAAUUCCAAGAAGAGCAUGAAUGUGGGAAUCUUUCUGAAGCAGUUUAAGAGGCCCGUCAAGGAGGUGCUGGAGGACAUCCGCCAGGGGAACUGGCUCCGCUUCGGGACGGGGAAGCUGAAGGAACUCUGCAAGCUGCUGCCCGAGGAAGGGGAGAUCAAGCAGCUUCUGGCGUUCAGGGGCGACGUCUCCCUGCUCCCCGAGGCGGAUCACUUCAUGGUGCAGCUGGUCAGGCUUCCAGCCUACGAGGAGCGUCUGAGGACGCUGAUGCUCAGAGAGGAGUUCUUCCCCCUCAUGGAGGAGCUGAAGCAGUCCAUCGCUGUCCUGAGUACAGCUGCCAACGAGCUGCUGGACUGUGACGACCUCCACUCCAUCAUCCGCCUGGUGUUGAAGGCUGGGAACUACAUGAAUGCUGGUGGCUAUGCAGGCAGUGCCAUUGGCUUCAGAAUGACAUCUCUCCUCAAGCUUGUGGACACCAAGGCCAACAAACCUGGAAUGAACCUCAUGCACUACGUUGCCAUGCAAGCCCAGGAGAUUGAUGUGGCCUUUUUGGACUUUCCCAGCCAGUUGGAACACAUUGGAAUGGCUGCAAGGAUCCAUAAACAGGAAGUGGAGUCGGACUUCCACAGAGAGGUGAAGAAGGUGAAGGAAGCCAAGAUGGAGGCCAACAAACAGCCAGACCUUCAGCAACAGAUGGAGACCUUCCUCAUGCGGGCGGAGGCCCGUCUGGCCGACGUGGAGGCGUCCCUGAUGGAGCUGCGCUCGCUCAGCCGGGCUGUGGCCGAGUUCUUCUGCGAGGACCCCGGGGCCUUCCAGCUGGAGGAGUGCUGCCUCAUCUUCCACUGCUUCUGCGACAGGUUCAACAGAGCCGUGCAGGAGAACCGGGAGCGCGAGGCGGCCGAGCAGAGGCGUCUGAAGAGGGAACGCCUCAGCGUGGCCAAGCGCCGCUCCACCGCCACCUGCUCGGCGUCCCGCACCGACCUGGAUGCCGCGGGCCUGGAGUCUGUCCUCCACACCUUCCUCUCCUCCCGCCUGGCCAGGCGCCGGACCGGCCCGCUGUCCCCCGUCGCGCCCUCCCCCACGGACGCCGUCGCCCACGCCCAACCCCUCCGUGCGGAGGCCGGGACCGGCGGAGGGAUGGAGGCUCCGCCCAAGAUGGAGAGCGACACGGGGAGGCUGCGGAGGCGGAGGCAGGGCUGGACCAGGGAGCCCCGGAGCCCCCCGGAGGCGGUGGGGAGAGUGGAGGAGGCGGGCGUGGACGGGGAGGGCGUGGAGGUCGGGGAGGAGGUGAGGGAGACGUCGGAGGAGGAGGCGGCGGGGGGCGCAGAGGGGAAGCUGACCCCCAAGGGUCAGAGGUUACGGACGAGCUACAAGAGGGCCGCCUCCAUCGACCAGAAGCGCACGCCGACCAGCUCCGACCGGCGGCGCCGGCCCGCCCGGAAAACGCCCGGCGCCCGGCCGGACCUGCGGGAGGGGACGAGGGAGGAGGAAGAGGAGGAGGAGGAGGAGAGGGAAAACAAGGAGGAGGCCCAGAGGAUAAGGGAGGUGUCCAGGAAGGUGCUUCACUUCCAGAACAGUCGAGGCAACCUGCUCGCCAGCCAGGACUCCGAAUCCCGCCUCCCUCCAGACACGCCGGCCCCCGCCCCGUCCACCCCGCGCCCCCAGGAGAUGAGAGAGGUGGACCUGGCUCUCCGGAACAGCCUGGGGAACCUGGGCUCCCCCUGGACCAUCCUCAGCCCCGGCCCCUCCCCCCGGAGGGGCACCCCCCAGCGCCACAACAAGCACACCCCAAGCCGCCGCCACUCCUUCACCUCGCACGGAGAGUACCUCGACGAGGGCAUCUGGGCGCUACCCGUCACCCCCUCCCGGCCCUCCAGCACCUGCCCGUCUGCCAUGUUGCUGAAGGGCAGGGUGAUGUCGGAGGAGGAACUCCGCCCCCUGUCUCCUCUCUGCUACCUCUCCCCGUUCUCCCCCAGGCGUAGCAAAACCCCCAGCCUUCCCAACGCCCCGCCGGACCCCCAGGGAGGCUCCGAGGGGGGCUCGUCAUCCCUCCCCGACUGCCCGGCUCCCAGGGCCGCGUCCUGGGCGCCCGUCCUCCGGACGUACUCCCUCGACGAGACCAGGGGAGCUCCGGCGCCCAGCUUCUCGCUGGGGGACCUGUUCCAGAGGCGCGGGGCGGCCCGGAGGUCGAAGUCCGGGUCGGAGACGGGGGGGGACGGGAGGCCGGGGACAGAGGGGCACCUGGAGAGGCCGGACGCCUCCGGAAUCGUGUCCUUCUUCAGGAGGCUCGGAGACAGAGGCCGUCGAGCCAGCGUGGAGGAACAGGACCCCAGACGUGUAAACUCUUAACCCGAGAGAGGGGUGUGGAGAGGAGUAGGAAGA